UUCCUUUCGACUACCAUUCAAAAGAAAUCUGAAAGCACAGAUGCGUAUGACUAUAUCGUUGUGGGCGGAGGCACGGCUGGUUUGGCAGUUGCAUCACGGAUUUCAGAAAAUAAAAACAUUUCGGUCUUGGUCCUGGAGGCAGGCCGAAAUGGACUGAACAACACCGGAAUAUCUAUACCUAGCCUCACCGGUAGUACCUUCCGGUCGGAAAUUGAUUGGAACUACACGACCGUUGCACUGAGUCAAGCAGGGAACCGCACCAUGAUUUAUCCUCGGGGUAAAGUUUUAGGCGGCUCCUCGGCAAUCAACUUCAUGGUCGCCACAAAAGCGUCUCGUCCGGAUUAUGAUACUUUUGAAUCACUAGGGAAUCCAGGAUGGGGAUGGGCCGAAUUCGAUAAAGCUUCCCGAAAGUCUGAAAAGUUUAUAGCCCCACCUGCCACCACCAACUUUACGUUUGCCGCCAGAUACCACGGUACACAAGGACCCGUGAAAACGACUUUUCCAAAGUAUCUUCCUCCAAGUGUGCAGAGUUUUUUUCUGGCGGCUGGGAGUCUUAGACACGCUCGAAAGCUACAAGAUAGCUUUGAAGGAGCCUUGGAGGGUCCCUACUACUUCCCGUCGACAAUCGACGAGAAUGCUGAGAGGAUGACAAGUGCAAAGGCUUAUUAUUUCCCCAUUGCUUCUCGUUCAAAUCUGGCGGUCCUCCUGGAUUGUGAGGUUGAUCGGCUCAUUGUAUCAAAGUCAGACGGCGGCAAAGUCAAUGUCCAAGGCGUUGAAUACUCAGUUCACGGGUCGAAAAAAAAGGUCUUGGCCCAUAAAGAGGUCAUCUUGAGUGCCGGGUCCAUUGGCACACCUGCCAUCUUGGAGCGCAGUGGGAUGGGUGACCCGGCAAUCUUGAAGAAGUUUGACAUUCCGGUUGUCCUCGACCUUCCUGGUGUCGGAUCAAAUCUGGCAGAUCAUGCAGUGGUCUUCAACACUUAUCAACUUAAAGACGGUCUCACCUCUGGAGACAAUCUUCAGACCAAUCCUACUUAUGCGGCCGAACAAAUGAAGCUCUAUAAUGACAAACGCGAUGGUAUCAUGACUCAGGUCAACCCGCUCUUGGAUUAUGAGCCAUUGAGUCGAAUUUUAACCAAAAAAGAAUUGGAUGAAGGUUUGAAGAUCUUAAAAAGUAACUCAUCUACCUUACCCCAACCAAUCUUUGACGCUAUCAAUGCACAGCUUCUCAACGUGCAAAAUUCUGACACAUUCAUCAACACCAGUAUUGCGCUAGGUACCUCUCUACAAUACCCCUUGUCACGCGGAACAUCGCACAUCAGUAGCCGUGAUCCAACAAAGCCGCCCCUGAUAGAUCCUGGAUAUUUUAGCCAUCCCUUUGAUCUUUGGCUUCUUGCCAAGGCAACCAAAUAUUCCAGAACGAUCAUGACAAAUGCAGCUUGGAGUGGAGUUAUUUCAAAAGAAUUUACUCCUGGUUCCGCAGUGAAGAGCGAUAAAGAUUGGAAGAAACACGUGAAAGACAGCUCCUCAACUACUUAUCAUGCAGUUGGAACCGCGGCAAUGCUGCCGCGAAAGCUCGGUGGCGUGGUAGACCCGGAAUUGAAGGUCUAUGAUGUAAACAACUUGAGAAUUGUUGACGCUAGUGUAUUUCCAACGCAGAUCGCCGCACACCCUUCAAUGUCCGUCUACGCACUCGCUGAGCUUGCAGCAUCGAAGAUCUUGAACCCAGCAAAA